AUGGCUAUGCCUGCAGUUGAUGUGCGCCCUGCCCGUAAAGGGCCCCUGAGGCUCGAUCCUAUUCCCGAGAUCCUACGCCCUUUGAUUCGCGCCUAUCUCUUGGGCUAUGCAUCUGCCGUGGCUCCCCGGCUGUUGACAUUAGUGUUGCAGCAUGUUGCGAAGAGAAAGAAGAAACUAGCCAACCAACUUGCCCCGGACCUUGACGAUAGCUCAUUCGUCAGCUCUGCAGCACACAUAGUGAGGACAGGCUUCAAUCCGCAGCGGUUUCCAACGUUUUGUGCCAUACUAGCUGGUGGCACUACUCUAUUGAAGGAACCUUUGAAAAGCAUUCUAGAGAAAACCGCAAGGGGGCUCAGCGAGGCAGGUCGUUUGAGACUUGCAAGAUGGUUGUCAACAUUCCUUGCCGCCUGGUUCGGCCUGCGGCUGCUGCACUCCUACGAGGGCCGAGCGUAUACCGAAACUGUGCCACCGAAAGAGGGCUCGGCCCAAAUCACCGAGCCUCAAACAGUCAAGUUUGCUGGUCGAACAAUGGAUCUAACCCUGUUUGCCGUCACUCGAGCCCUCGAUGUCCUCGUUGGUGAUCUGUGGGCGAGGCACAAGGCCCGCCGUCUGGCCUCCAACAGGUGGUCCAAGGCUGAACGAUUCCUCUCCAAGUUUGUUGACCCCCUUGUCUUUGCAGCUUCAUCAGGCCUUGUUAUGUGGGCUUGGUUCUAUCAUCCCAGCCGUCUGCCCCGCAGCUACAACAAAUGGAUCACUUCGGCAGCUUCCGUGGACUUAAGGCUCAUCGAAGCCCUUCGGCGGUGCCAUUCGGGCGAGUUUCAGUACGGCAAGGAGACCGGUCAGGCACAUCUCCUUCAAGGCAUGUGUGUGGACUACGAGUGGCCACUUGCCUGGGGAGAUCCUGCGGUAGUUGUUCCCAUACCUUGCCAGAUGGUCCAUAUGUCCAGCGGGCCUUCAUGCGAGUACCAUGCUGCAAGUCGCUUUUUUCGUGCCUGGAAGUGGUCAAUGGCUACGUACUUGCCCCUGACUCUUGCUCUUGCUCUUCGAAACCCCUCUCGCAAAGCUCUACGCCGAGCCAUAAUCUCGUCUUGCCGUUCCUCUAGUUUCCUCGCGACCUUUAUCACACUCUUCUACUAUGGAGUCUGUUUGAGCCGCACACGCGUCGGACCCCGUCUUCCUGGCGGCACAACCAUUGAGCGUCGUCAGAUCAUGGAUAGUGGGAUCUGCGUUGGCACGGGCUGUUUGCUUUGUGGCUGGAGUAUCAUGAUUGAAACAGAAAGCCGGCGAAAGGAUAUUGCGCUCUUCGUUGCCCCUCGUGCCUUGGCCACUGUUCUGCCUCGACGGUAUUCUUUGGACAAAGAGUGGCGAGAGAGACUUGUAUUCGCCGCCAGUACUGCCGUUGUCUUUACUUGUGUGGCAGAGAACCCUGAUCGCGUGAGGGGCGUCUUUGGAAAACUGCUAAAGAUGGUUCUCAGUAAGUAA